AUGCAGGCCCCUGUGUUGGUUAUGAACACCAAUGCUGGUGAGAGACAGACCGGACGGAGAGCUCAGAUGUCAAACAUUGCUGCCGCCAAAACCGUUGCCGACAUCAUUCGAUCAUGUCUCGGUCCCAAGGCCAUGCUGAAGAUGCUGCUCGACCCCAUGGGCGGCAUCGUCCUGACCAACGACGGCCACGCCAUUCUCCGAGAAAUCGAAGUUUCCCACCCUGCUGCCAAGAGCAUGAUCGAGCUCAGCCGGACACAGGACGAAGAGGUUGGCGAUGGCACCACCACAGUCAUUAUACUGGCUGGAGAAAUCCUGGCACAGGCGCUCCCUCAACUCGAGCGUAAUAUCCAUCCCGUCGUCAUCAUCUCUGCCUUCAAGCGUGCCCUGAAGGAUGCCAUCGAGAUUAUCGACGAGAUCUCCCUGCCGAUCGAUGUCAAUGACGACAAGGCCAUGGCCCAGCUCAUCUCCUCUUCGAUCGGCACCAAAUUCGUCUCUCGAUGGAUGGAUCAGAUGUGCUCUCUUGCUCUCAAGGCUGUGCGGACCGUUACCUGGGAAGCUGGCAAUGGCAAGACCGAGGUGGACAUCAAGCGAUAUGCCCGUAUCGAAAAGGUCCCUGGUGGCGAGAUCGAGGAUAGCAGAGUUCUGGACGGCCUCAUGUUGAACAAGGAUAUCACGCACCCCAAGAUGCGACGACGCAUCGAGAACCCCCGAAUCGUCCUGCUGGACUGCCCCUUGGAGUACAAGAAGGGUGAAUCCCAGACCAACAUUGAAAUCACAAAGGAGGAAGACUGGAACCGAAUUCUGCAGAUCGAGGAGGAGCAGAUCAAGAUACUGUGUGAUACCAUCCUAUCUGUCAAGCCCGAUCUGGUCAUUACCGAAAAGGGUGUUUCUGAUCUCGCCCAGCACUACCUAAUGAAGGCCAACGUCACGGCCCUCCGCCGAGUUCGCAAGACGGACAACAACAGAAUAGCACGUGCUACAGGCGCCACCAUCAUCAACAGAGUGGAGGAUCUCCAAGAGUCAGACGUCGGCACUCGCUGCGGUCUGUUCGAGAUUGAGAAGAUUGGCGACGAGUACUUUACAUUCCUCACAAAGUGCGAGGACCCCAAGGCCUGCACAAUCCUGCUUCGAGGUCCCUCCAAAGAUGUCCUCAACGAAAUUGAGCGAAACCUUCAGGAUGCCAUGGGUGUUGCUCGAAACGUCAUGUUCCACCCCCGACUAUCACCUGGUGGUGGCGCAACCGAGAUGGCCGUCUCCGUCCGGCUGGCCCAAAAGGCCAAGGGCGUCGAGGGUGUCCAGCAGUGGCCAUACAAAGCCGUUGCCGAUGCUUUGGAGGUGAUCCCCAGGACGCUGGUGCAGAACGCCGGCAAGAGCCCGGUUCGCGUGCUGACAGAGCUUCGCGCCAAGCAAGCCGAAGGCAAGAGCUCAUGGGGUGUCAACGGCGAUACUGGUGCCAUUGCGGAUAUGACUGAGUAUAACGUGUGGGAGCCCGAAGCUAUUAAGCUGCAGAGUCUGAAGACCGCUAUUGAGGCUGCCUGUUUGUUGCUAAGAGUAGACGACAUCUGCAGUGCCAAGAAGAUACAGGGAGGUGGUGCUCCUGGAGUUGGAGGUGGUGAGGACUAA